AUACAACUGAAUAUGCCUAAAAGGUAAAUAUUUAAAAGAAUAUGCUUGAGAAAUAAAUUAUGCCAUAGCUUACAUGGUUAGUUUAGUAUCUACCGCAUACAAGAACCAAAAAAAGUGCUCUUUUAAUGAAAGUAUUUGCAGGUUAGGUGUUAGGUCAUACAGCAUACAACGUAUACUGAGCUAAAAGAUGAACAAAAGUUUAAAGACACUCCUAUUUAUUCCAAAUAUUAUUGGUUAUGUUCGCUUCAUUUUAAUAUGUUGGUCAUGGUGUAAUAUUGAGGAGAGUUACUCUUUUCUUGUUGCUUACACUCUUAAUGUUUUACUGGAUGGGGUGGAUGGUUGGACUGCACGGAAAUUCAAUCAAGUUUCAAGUUUUGGUGCUUUAUUAGAUGUUGUGGUUGAUAACUUUGGACGAGGAAUCUUAUGGUGUCAUGUUUGUAAUUUUGGUUAUGGCAUCAGUGCAUGGGAGUGGUUGGUAUUCGUUUGUACUCAUGCUCAAUCGAGAGGUGGUCAAUGGAAGACGCAGUUUCAAAUGGCACCAGUCAUUGUAAAAAAGAUAAUGAAAAAUGGUUUUAAAACAAGCACUGGGAUGGUAACUAUCUGCGGUUUACAUAUAUUACCAAUAUGGUUAUAUUCAAUUCAAUCUGGUGUUCCACUUUUGGUGACUAUGCCCGUGAUUACAAAUGGUGUUACUUGGUUUCUGAUUGUUGGAAGGGGGCUGCCACUUACUGCUGAAGCUUGGUGUGUCUGGAACCACGUUUGUGCACUUCUAUAACUGUAUUUUUCUGUACUUUGCAAUGCAAUAUUAUUAUGCAAAUUAGU